CUGUCGACACGUGUAAUGCACUGUGGGUAGCCUGUGUUGUUAUGGCUGAUGUUGGCUGCCAGUAGAUUGCGUUUGAAAACAAAAGCAAGUUAUUAGUUUUAAAAGCUACCUUACUAAGUUAUUCUUUUGUAACAAGGCCUCUCAGAGAGCUACGAUGGUUAAUUGCCUUAUGAGUUUAAGGUAAAAACGAAAAAACGAAUGAUCUUCGUGCGUUUGCUGGGAGAUCAACCAAAUGAUGUAAAAAAUAUGCAGAGAUCGAUAUUUGAUGCUGAGCUUUUAGUCAACUUGGAUUUGUUUGCCUUUUCCUGACAGAAGUUAAGAAAUAUGGCUUCUGCUGCAGAAGAUGACGAGGUGUGUGAAGAAGAGGAAAACACGGUCGAUGAAGAUGGCAGUUCUGCAACUUUGAAAGAAGGGUUAAAAAAGUCGUCUUCUGACUCGAAGAUCAAGAAACUGCGAAGAAAAAUUUCGCAAGGACUAAGACUUUCAUUCAUAAAAGAUGAGAGCGGUGGACCAGGUGUCGCUGUACAAAAUAACAGACAUGCAGAGACUGAUGAUGUUUUCAUGGAGUCCAGCCCUUGUGCGAGAUCAAACAAUCCUGUUGUUAGACCAGUGAUGAGAAGGACUUCAUCAGACUCAAUAGGCACUCGACUGAGAAAGAUCAGCUUUGAGAUUGGUUAUGGUAGAAGGCAUUCUGAUGAAUUAGCACCUGGGGAAUUAAAAGGCCUACCAGAGCCCCUAUCUCCUCCAUUUGGUUGCCUUGAUGCUUAUCAAAAACUGGAACAACUUGGAGAGGGCUCAUAUGCAACCGUGUUCAAGGGGAUCUGUAGUGCAAAUAAUAAAAUUGUGGCCCUCAAAGAGAUCAGAUUGCAAGAAGAGGAGGGAGCACCUUUUACAGCAAUCAGGGAAGCUUCUUUGUUAAAGCAGCUGAAGCAUGCCAACAUUGUAACACUUCAUGACAUUAUACACACCAAAGACACCCUUAUGUUUGUCUUUGAGUUUUUGGACACAGAUCUUAAUACUUACCUUGAAAAGUAUCCAAGAGGCAUCCCUCCACAGAAUGUCAAGCUGUUUCUGUUCCAACUAUUACGAGGAUUAGCUUAUAUUCACAAAAGAAAAAUUCUUCACAGGGACUUGAAACCUCAGAACCUGUUGAUAAAUGAGAGUGGAGAGUUAAAGCUGGCUGACUUUGGUUUAGCACGAGCCAAGUCUGUUCCCAGCCACACAUAUUCACAUGAAGUGGUCACACUAUGGUAUCGACCUCCUGAUGUUUUACUUGGAUCAAAAGAUUAUACUACCUCGUUAGAUAUCUGGGGUGCUGGUUGUAUUUUUAUAGAGAUGAUGACAGGAAUUGCGCUGUUUCCUGGAAUGAGAGAUUCUAUUGAUCAACUCAAUAAAAUCUGGCAGAUAUCUGGAACAGCCACUGAGGAAACUUGGCCUGGAGUUACCCGAUUACCUGAAUAUGAUGCAGAUUUGUUUGUUGAUUUUCAACCUCAGCGACUUGGACUUGUAGCCCCAAAGUUGUUGCUGUUAAGUGGCGCUGAAUCUCUGGCCACAGAAAUGGUUCAGUGUGACCCAAGAAACAGGAUAUCUGCCAGUGACGCCAUGAAACAUGUAUACUUCAGUGAUUUACCAAAGGAAAUCCACUCUCUACUCGACGAGUCGUCGAUAUUCACAAUAACAAGUGUUGAGCUGCACAAGGAUAACGACUAAAAGGUAAGUGAUAAUAAGAUAUGAAGUACUUGUGUGCUCGUUUUAUUUGUUUGAUUCUGGAAGACCCGGUUGUUCGGUUUUGCUUUUAACUCAUAAUUGCGCUCUGCAGUUAACACCCUUGGUUGUAUUGAUCAAGGAAAGUUCAUUUCUUGGUUGGAAAAGUUAUUUGGCAGGUAUCAAUUUCGUCGGUUUGAAAUAAAAAACUUACAACUCUCGCCAUUGCAAGGCCGUUGCAAGCCUUCAGCGCUUGGCUCUGCUUAGUUUUCAGCUGCAUCACCAGCUAGCUGAUCACCAUUUCUGAUUCCGGCUGAAUGCUCGUAUCCUUUAUUUCGUCCCAUAUUACUGUGCAUACUGUUCCUGAGGAAAGGUAUGAUGUGGAGAUU